UUUUUAGUUUCUCCCACGAACAAAUAGGUACUUGUGUGAUGUGAUGAAUGUUCCCUCUUUGUGAACCCCAGUUGAAAAGCAGUGAACUAACAUGCCGUGACGUUGUCCAACAAUGUUUUGGUUCCUGGCGGUGACGUAAUACACAAAAACAUGGUUCCCUUGUUUUGAACCUGAAAAGCGUGCUAAGUGUUUCUGUAACUUCACCACGCACGAAGAUGCCCUCCCGACACCGUGCGGCUGGAAAACAUUGAUACGAGACGAUGGCUCAGGCCGCGGAAACGUGUGCUGAAUCUGGACGCAGGCUGCGCUCCAUCUGCCGGAGGAUGUACGACGAAAACGAGGAUCUGUCCGAUGUGGAGGAAAUUGCAAACAUCAGGGGUUUCAGUGUGGAGGAGAAGCUUGUGAGUGACAGUUACAGCGCCCAGUUUGUCCUCCUCAUGGAGGGUAAAGACUUCUCUUAUGAAUAUGUGCAAAGGGAUGCUCUCAGGACCCCACUCAUUUUCAAAGAGAAAGAUGGACUGGGGAUCAGAAUGCCUGAUCCAGAAAUUACAGUCAGUGAAAUUAAAGGCUUAGUUGGAAGUCGUCGGCCUGUGGAUGUCAUGGAUGUGAGCACUCAGAAAGGCUCUGAAAUGAGUAUGGCUCAGUUUGUGCGUUAUUAUGAGACACCGGAGGAAGAGCGGGACAAACUCUUCAACGUCAUCAGCUUAGAGUUCAGCCACACUAAGCUGGAGAACCUCAUCAAGCGGCCCACAGUGGUGGAUCAAGUGGACUGGGUGGACAACAUGUGGCCUCCUGAUCUGAAACUCAGCCAAACAGAAGCCACCAAUGUCAUCUCAGAUAUGAAGUACCCUAAAGUACAAAGGUACUGUUUGAUGAGUGUGAAGGGCUGCUACACAGACUUCCACAUCGAUUUUGGGGGAACUUCAGUUUGGUAUCACGUAUUCAAGGGCCAGAAAGUGUUUUGGCUCGUGCCUCCGACCCCUCAUAACCUUGCCCUUUAUGAGGACUGGGUCCUGUCAGGCAAGCAGAGCGAUAUCUUCCUGGGAGACCGGGCUGAUGGAUGCCAGAGAGUGGAGCUUAAGCAAGGAUACACCUUCUUCAUCCCAUCUGGGUGGAUUCAUGCUGUCUACACUCCAGAGGACACGCUGGUGUUCGGAGGCAAUAUUCUGCACAGCUUCAACAUUCCUAUGCAGCUCACCAUCCAUGAGAUAGAGAAUAGGACUAAGGUAGGAUGCUUGCUGCAUUCUCCAUUCUCCAUUGUGUGGCUGAGCUCACUGCAAUUGAGUCAGCUCUACCUGGGACAGAUCAAUCUCUCCGAGAACCAGGGGAAGGUGAAGAGUUCACCUGUAAGAGGCAGCAGAAUGAGAGAUGUGAUGGAGAACGAAUCUGUUGGGUUGAGACUGGGGAGUGACAAAAUGACAACAGAUGUAAAUGUCAAAUUCAGGAAGGUUAACUCCAAGUUCCGUUUCCCCUUCUACUAUGAGAUAUGCUGGUAUGUCCUGGAAAGAUACCUGCACUGCCUAACCAAACGCUCCUACUAUUCUCAGGAGAUCCGCAAAGAGCCUGUGCUAAUGGACUAUGAGACAAAGGCAAACACAGAGAGCCCCUCCUCUGACUCCAGGAGCCAGGACAUGAACGAGGACUCGUGUGAGACUCAAGUCAGGGAUGGCCAGGGCGAAAAACUAGAGAAGGCUGCCCCGGAUGGCCCUUGCUCUCCUGACAACCGGAAGGGCCAACACCUCAAAGCUGUUUUAUCUAUUGACUCCGAGGACAGCUGUAAUCCUUGCUCCACCUCUCUAGAGUUCCCCCAAACCCCCUCUGACUCUCCAGCCUCGGAGUCUCAGAAUAAAUGGACGCAUUUGACCGAGUUUGAACUGAGUGGACUCAAGACGCUGGUUGAGAAGCUGGAGUCGUUGCCUGAAAAUAAGAAGUGUGUUCCAGAGGGAAUCGAAAACCCACAAGCCCUGCUGGAGGACAUGAAGGUUGUCUUAAAAGAACAUGCAGAUGACGACCCCAAAUUAGCGAUCACUGGAGUUCCUGUGGUGUUCUGGCCCAAGAAAGCUGUAAAGCCCCGGCCUCCCAACCGGCCGAAACCUAAGAUGGCAGCUUCUCCUGCAUCAGCAGUCAAGCUGUCAGCCAGUCGGGGAACAUCUGGUGCCAGGAGGAGAAGGACGCGCUGUCGGAAGUGCGAGGCAUGCCUGCGAACGGAGUGCGGAGAGUGCCACUUUUGUAAAGACAUGAAGAAGUUUGGUGGGCCGGGCCGGAUGAAACAGUCCUGCAUCAUGAGGCAGUGCAUUGCACCCGUCCUGCCCCACACAGCAGUGUGUCUCGUCUGUGGUGAGGCAGGGAAAGAGGACACAGUGGAGGACGAGGAGGAGAAGUUUAACCUUAUGCUCAUGGAGUGCUCCAUCUGCAAUGAGAUUGUUCAUCCCAACUGUCUUAAGGUAAAAGAUUCAAACGGAGUCGUCAAUGACGAGUUGCCAAACUGCUGGGAGUGCCCAAAGUGCAACCAUGCUGGGAAAACAGGGAAAGCCUCAAAGCAAAAAAGGGGGCCAGGAUUCAAGUACGCGUCAAACCUUCCUGGCUCUCUGUUGAAAGAACCCCGGUUAAACCGGGAUUCAAAAGAGGAGCCCGACCCACCACUGGUGGCUACAGCAACUGUUACUGCUUUGACUACCACCACUGCUGUGAAAAGAAAGGCCGAGCGGGAGGAAAUGCCGAAGAGGAAAGAGGAAGAGCCUCCAAAGAAACGUCCCCCUUUGCUGACUUUGGAUGGUACGCCCCGACCGAGGCUUGAGGACAACCCUCUGAGGAAAAAGAGGAAACUUUUUGACACCAAUGACGAACCUAUCAUUGUGAAAAAGAAGAAGAAGCUUUCAAAACCAGAUGAUCCUUUGACUCCCAAGCUGCUGAGGCAACUCAAGGCAGAGAAUGAUCACGGGGAUGAGGAGGAUGACCACGAGGAACAUGAAGAUGAUGGGUUUUCCUUGGAAAGGAUUCAUCUAAAGGGGAAAAGUGAGUAUGAUGACGAGGACCAAGAAGAGGAUGAGGAGGGAGAGGAAGAGGAGACAGUGAAAAAAGAGCGAGACAGCAGUGCAGAGGACAAAGCCAAGGUCCUGUUGAGUCCACUGCUGAGAACAUCCGCAGUCAGAGAAAGUGAACAGUCCUCCAACUCACCUAGAGCUGGACCCAGCAGCGAAUCAGGAGAGGCUCAGGAGAGGAGCGCUACUCAUCUAAAGGCUCGCCAUCAGCGUCGACGCCUCCCCAACAAAGAGCUGAGCAAAGAGUUCAACCAGGAGAUUCCCAAGACAGAAGACUGUCUGUCAAACCAAAACCACGGCUCAGAGAAGACGGAGGACGGUCAAGCCAAUCACAAUCGAAGACCGCUGAAGAGCGAGGACUCUGUGACUAAUCACAACCGUAAACCACUAAAAACAGAGGACACAACCACUAAUCAGAGCCGCAGGGUUCUAAAAAUGGAGGAAGGUUUGGCCAAUCAGAACAGACGCCCGCUAAAAACGGAGGACAGCCUGGCCAAUCAAAACCACAGGCCUGUAAAAACUGAGCCUGAGAACGAAGUAGACGACCAAAAGCCGAGAUGGCCUCUUAAUAAUGGCAGCAGCGACCUGGGCGACUGGCUGCGACACAGGGGGCGGGAGGUGAACGAGACGCCACGUGGUUACUCACCACUCAGCUGGAACAGAAGCACACAGAUCACAUCAAUAUGUCCACGGCCACUCCCCUGCCGGUCACCGCCAAAAUGCAUCCAAAUGGAGCGCCACGUGAUCCGGCCCCCUCCCAUCAGCCCCCCGCCGGACAGACUCCCGCUGAACGACGGUGAAGCCCACGUGAUGCGCAGAGAGAUGUGGAUGACAGUGUUCAGUCACUUGACUCACAGAGAUCUUUGUGUAUGCAUGCGUGUCUGCAGGACCUGGAACAGAUGGUGCUGCGACAAGAGGCUUUGGAAGCACAUCAAUCUGAACCGUUGUAAGUCCAUCACACCUCUCAUGCUGAGCGGCAUCAUCCGGAGACAGCCGGUAGCGUUGGACCUCAGCUGGACCAACAUCUCCAAGAAACAACUCAGCUGGCUCAUCAACAGACUGCCAGGUCUGCGUGUGCUGCUGUUGUCAGGAUGCUCCUGGGUGGCAGUUUCUGCUCUUUGCACCUCCAGCUGUCCUCUUCUGCGAACUCUGGACGUUCAGUGGGUGGAGGGACUUAAAGACGCCCAGAUGAGGGACCUGCUGUCGCCUCCUACAGAUAACAGGCCAGGUCAGCUGGACAACAGGAGUAAACUGCGUAACGUGGAGGACCUGCGUCUGGCAGGCUUGGACAUCACGGACACGUCUCUGCGCCUCAUCAUACGAUACAUGCCCUCGCUGUCCAAGCUGGACCUCAGCUACUGCAACCACGUCACUGACCAGUCUGUCAACAUCCUGACUGCUGCGGGGACGACCACCAGAGACUCGCUCACUGACAUCAACCUGUCAGUCUGUAACAGGGUCACAGACCAGUCGCUGACCUAUUUCAAGCGCUGCGGGAGCAUAUGUCACAUCGACCUGCGAUACUGCAAACAGGUGACCAAGGAAGGAUGCGACCAGUUCAUCGCAGAAAUGUCCGUGAGUGUGCAGUUUGAACUGAUAGAGGAGAAACUGCUGCAGAAGAUCAGUUAGGAACAGACUGUGUGACACUCACACAUGGUAAAACUACUGUCCACAUGGAGGCAGCAGACGACUGCGUGCUCGUGGAGAACGUCGCUGUGUUUCAUGAACACCAGCAGACGCCUGAACAGACACGAGGACGCCUCUGUCUCUGAUGUAAAGGGAAGCUGUGCUGCUAAGCAAGAAUGUAAAAAAUGGAAAUCUUGUCCUGUGAAGGCAAUAUUGCAAAAAUGUUUCUGUUGUUGUUUGCACCAGUUUAUAAGUUAUUUAUUUCUUUAUAUUGAUUGUUUAUGUAUUGUACCAUGAUCUAUCUUUUGGUGUUUAUAGAAUAUUUUUUGUUCCAAUGCAAAGUUUAUCGCAUUAUAGAGUAAUAUUUUUGUAUCAGAAAGUGUUUCAUACAUUUAUGUGCAGUAUUGAUUGCACCCCUGUACAGUAUCAUACCAUUGGAAUUGAUAAUCAAUCGGCAUUACUUUUACGCUCUUUAUUGUCGAGAGGCAAAGGUCUAAAGAUUUGUUGCCAAACCGUAGGAUGGUAGCUUGUGUUUGUGUGGGUGUUUUUUAUAUUUUAUUAUAAACGUCAGCUCCCUGUGUCUGAUCGGACAAAGGUACUGUACAUUUUGUUCUCCAUAUAACGAUACCAUUUGCACUGAUACAGUAAAUAUGAAUACAUGAAUGUAUUCACACAUACACUACACAGUGUACAAAGCAUAUUUUUCCAACACUAAAAUGUUCCGCUAAUUCUACUAACAGCUUCUAGGGUUAUAUUAAGACAUAGCUGCAUACGAAACGUCUCUGCCAGUCUCCAUCACUCUUUAGUAUUAUUGGUGCUUUGUGAAAGGAAGCGUUUUAGCUCUGCAUGCGGCAAAGAAACAUGUUUACACCACAGUCAAUAGAUUUAGUAACUGUGAAACAAUAUAACCAUGUGUUUACUCCUUACAUUAGCUGAACUCCAUAUGAUUAAAAAAAUGACUCAGUGCUGAAUCAUGCAAGAAAUAAAAGAACCAACAGAGUCCAGGUAAAGAUUUUAAAUUUGCACCAAUCUUUCAGAUGAGUUUUCUCCCAUUUGAUGGAUGUGACAUGUGUCACUCAGGUUUAACAGGCCAAGAGGCUAAAAGAAAUGUAUGCUGUAUAUUGCAAAAUUCUCAUUAACCCAGACAUUUGGUUACAGCGCAGUGGGCAGUGUAGUGCUCUGUUUCCAAGGGCAGAGAUGAAUAUGUCUUUUUCAAGAUAUAAAACCCAUAUCAGUAAACCAAUCCAAUAAAUCUGUCAAUCUCCAGAUGUCGGCUUCUGACCACAUGGUCGAGAAACGCAAUUAUAAGAUAGUGUUGUAAGACAGUGUUUUUCAAAUGUGGUUUUUGCCAUGUGGUUUAGCCUCUGCCAUUUGAAGAAGCUGCAAAAAACAUCUUGAAAGAUCUGUGCAAAUAUAAAAUUAAAAAUGGAUUUUGUUUGUUCUUUUCCGAGCAAGAGAUUCCACUGCAGUAGACAUUCAUUAACACUGGUUGUUUUCUUUAAAAAUCAUUUAAUUGUUUUUAUUAUUUUUUUUAGUUAAACGUCUAACGACAAAGUACUUUGCAACCUGUGGCAUCAGUCAGUAGCAUUUUCAUGUAAGUGUUGUUGUUAGACAUUUAUUCAUCAUAAUAUUUAAAGUUAUAUAAAAAAUUUUGCUAUUGGAACUUGUCUAAUAAAUGUCAGACUCGACAGUUUAAUAAUUUGAUAGGUUUGCAUUUCUUUUUGGAAACUAAACUUUUUUAAAGAUAAAGUCUUUGUGAAACUUUUGAAUAGCACUUGGUACAGUUCAGUGGAUGGGUUUACGUUUACUUUUAUUUACUUUUGUUUUUUUAUUAAACCACCAUGUCUCCAUAAAAUGUUUUAGUACAUUACUGUAAAUGUUCAAUCUGUACAUACUGUACAUGUAAAGCCUCUAGGAAAAGUUAAGUCAACCUUUGAGAUAUUAAAUUCAUUUUAAAUACUGA